AUGUCCAGCUCUCAAUCUUGCAAUCACGCCCUUACCGUUGAGCCAAAUCUCACUUUGGGCCCAACGCAUUCCUUCACUCGUAAAUCCACUCCUCUCUCCUAUUUGAAUGAUCCAACCAAUGGUGGGUACAAUUUCAUUACUUCCAAAUAUCAUGUCUAUGCUUGUGAGAGUAAUGGACCUAUUCUGAACCGCACCAAAUUCACUCCACAUCCAUUGAUCAUGUGUUGUUCUGAAGCGUAUUCCAAACAUUAUCCAUUGAUUCUAUCUCCGGAUGAUAUUUGGUUGCUGAUCGCACAGGGCUUUGCUCGGCAUGUACAGGUUCAUUCCGAAAAGUUAAGAUCACUUUUCAUUUCGGAUGCCUCGGAAUCAAAUUUGAAACAGCAAGAUCCAUCUGCAAGCUCAAAGAUCAAUAUUGUUGUUUCUAUGGAUGAUAAAUUUAUUCCUGGCCAGGAUGAUCAGGAGUCGUCAAAGAAGUUUGAAAAUGUGGAUUGGACUCGAGUCUUUCAAGAAAUUACAACGCAUGUACAAUCACACCUUCGAAAUGGCAAUGAUAAAAGCACCUCAGAUUCCCAUUUAUUGGACUGUAAUUUCUCGACUUCAACCUCCAUUGAGAAGAGUGCCUCACAAAUUGUGUUCAUGAGUGCCAUGAAAAACUAUUUCAAUUACUGGAAUGCGUUUUGCUGUGGAUUACCCAGUAUUACAUUAUUGGGAACUGUUCGUGAUUGGGAAAGCAUUAAGGAGAGAACCAUUCAAUUGGAUCAAUAUGGACUGGAGUUUUGGACAAAAGCAUUGAUUCCAAUUUUGGACAGAUUUAUUGAGACGGCCAAGGUCAGUGAAUCGUCUUCCUGUCUUUCUGAAUCACUGAAAAGUUUCUGGAAUCGUAUUGCGCUGUUCAGUAUGAAAAGUGGUUCAUGGCGAGUAACUGGUUGGAUUUCCUAUUUUUUCCCAUACACUGAACAGAAUGCAAUUUCACGAGAUUUGUUAGCUUUGAAAGACGAUUCUCUCAGCACCUUUUUGGAUGAUGUUAAAUUGUCAGGAUGGGGAACCACUGCUGAUCAAUAUCCAUCUGGCUUAUCGACAGUUCAAGUGCAUGUUUUGAACUCUCCAGAAAAGGGAGUCAAUUCAUUGCAAUACGUUGCUGGAUUUUUGGGUUACGAUUACGAUGAGCAGUUGAAAGGAAUGAAACCAAGAAUUGGAUGGGCAAUUGGGUCUGAAAAACAAGAUGAACAAGUGACUGACGACUGA